UUCAUGGAUACGCGCAUGCGUAUUCAUGUGGUGGACAACAACGUAGCGACUGCUGAGUUGAAAUGUUUGUCCACCUAGUCUGUCAUAAUGCGGCCUUUGUUGUUUGUGAACGUAUAACGUUAGUGCAUUAAAAAUAUUCUUUCUUCACAUUUAAAUUACUUGAUAUGCUAUGAAGCUAACACGGAAACUGGUUCUCGCUAAGGCUAAGGCCUCCGACUUGGAAAGCGUGAAGAAACUGAACUGUUGGGGAUGCAACCUGACUGAUAUUUCUAUCUUCUCUCAAAUGGCCAACAUUGAGGUGCUGACGCUUAGUGUCAACAGCAUCUCGUCUCUCUCUCCUCUGGCUGGCUGUCUGUCUCUGUGUGAGCUCUACCUGAGGAGGAACAAGAUUCCCUCACUCUCUGAGCUCUCUCAUCUGCGUCCACUGACGCGUCUCAGAGUGCUGUGGUUGGCUGAGAAUCCCUGUUGUGGAACUGACUCCAGCCAGUAUCGCCUUACUGUACUGCGCUGCCUGCCUCGCCUCCAGAAGCUCGACAACCAAGUAGUGACAGAGGAUGAGAUUGCACUUGCUCUCAUGGAGGGUGAAGAGGUCACCACCCCCCCAGGCAGUGUCCAAAACCAGCUGUCCACCAACGGACUUCCAGAUGCAGAGACAGAGAAUGACCCGCUUAACUACAACAUGGAGGAGACCAACAAAAUCAGGGAAGAGUUGGGGAUGAAGCUCCUCUCCAGAGACAAGUUUCCCUCUCUUUCUUCUCCGUCAACCAGAGAAAACAAACCAUCAAUGAAAAAGACGCACGCUCUCGAUGCAGUUCUGCUACUGCUGAGGGAUUUGGAUGAAGAGGAGCUUCGUGUUGUAUACACAGCUACCCAAAACAGACUCCAGACUUGCACACUGGACUCAGAAACACUAAACGAUUCACUGCAGACACAGAAAACUGCAGAACACUGAACUGUUUCAUAGCCUGCACUCAGGGCCAAACCUCUCACUCCUGUUUCCAUGUUUAACCCAAACCUCCAUGCAAAAACACCCCCUUUUUUACCUGUUACCUUCUGAUUGCAAUAUGCAUGAUGUGUGAUGUAAUUUCACUGACCUCCCUUUUGUCUCACAGUUUUCACAUGUUGAGCAAUACUGAAUAAUUUCCUCGGCUUGCUUGCUUUUUAAAGUUUUUUUUAUUAGCAGCAUGCCUACCUGCCUUGUAAGAACAAAAGAAUGUAUGUUUUGCUAAAUGUAAAUCUAUUUCUGUAAUUAAAUAGAUGAAAUUGCAAUACA